GCGCUUUGGAAACUCGAUAGGAGGCAGCAGCUGAUCUUCCCAUCACCAGCCUAAAAAUAAUCCACUCCAGGGCUUGGAGCUGCUUCAUUAAGUGAAGGAAAAUCCUGCCACCGGGAUGAUAUUGAUCACAUAGCACAACCGAGUGAAAAUUUGGGUUGGUAUUUUGUUUUUGUGUUUGCAAAGACAUAUCUUGCAGAGUGUGCAGAACAGUGAUAAUCCAGUAGCCAGACCUUCUAGAAGCCAUGAGGCUUGCAUUUUGUGGUAACGACAAUGCUUCAGCCUAUAACAUCAGUGCUGGCGUUCUUAGAAAUGUCUGCUUUGUGGAUGCCCUCAACUUGGUUCCCCACGUCUUCCUGCUUUUUAUCACCUUUCCAAUUUUGUUCAUUGGCUGGGGAAGCCAAAGCUCCAAAGUCCAGAUUCACCACAAUACAUGGCUACACUUCCCUGGGCACAACCUACGGUGGAUCCUGACAUUCACUCUCCUGUUUGUACAUGUGUGUGAAAUAGCAGAGGGCAUAGUUUCUGAUACACAAAUGAAAUCUCGCCAUCUCCAUCUAUUUCUACCAGCUAUAAUGGGAUUUGUGGCUGCUACUGUAUCCAUAGUCUAUUAUCAUAAUAUUGAAACAUCCAACUUUCCAAAGUUACUGUUGGCUCUCUUUCUUUAUUGGAUAAUGGCAUUUGUCACCAAAACAAUCAAGCUUGUCAGAUACUGCCAGGACGGUGUGCCUUUUUCUCAGCUGCGUUUCUGCAUCACUGGAAUUAUGGUCAUUCUCUAUGGACUGCUGAUGGCUGUGGAGAUCAAUGUUAUUCGAGUUAGGAGGUAUGUAUUUUUUAUGAACCCUCAGAAAGUAAAGCCACCAGAGGAUCUACAGGACCUGGGGGUGAGGUUUCUUCAGCCAUUUGUCAAUUUGCUCUCAAAGGCGACUUACUGGUGGAUGAAUACUCUCAUCAUAUCUGCUCACAAGAAACCUGUGGACUUGAAGGCAAUUGGGAAGCUCCCAAUUGCAAUGAGAGCACUGACAAAUUAUGUUUGCCUCAAAGAAGCAUAUGAGGAACAAAAGAAAAAGGUAGCAGACCAGCCCAACCGGAGUCCCUCAAUAUGGUUAGCAAUGUACAGUGCUUUUGGACGACCAAUUCUUCUCAGUAGCACCUUCCGUUACUUGGCUGACUUGCUGGGUUUUGCUGGGCCAUUAUGCAUUUCUGGCAUUGUCCAGGGCUUCCAGAACACAACCAAUAACACAAAUACAACAGAAAAGUUGAAGGAUCCAUCAAAUUCAUAUCUCUCCUCAGAGGAAUUCCUCAGGAAUGUCUAUGUUUUAGCAGUUCUCCUCUUCCUGGCCCUUAUCCUGCAGAGGACAUUCCUGCAGGCUUCCUACUAUGUGACUACAGAAACUGGUAUCAACCUACGAGGUGCUUUACUGGCAAUGAUAUACAAUAAGAUCCUGAGACUUUCCACAUCCAACUUGUCCAUGGGAGAGAUGACACUGGGACAAAUCAAUAACUUGGUCGCCAUAGAAACAAAUCAAUUAAUGUGGUUCUUGUUCCUGUGCCCCAAUCUGUGGGCUAUGCCUGUUCAGAUAAUAAUGGGUGUAAUCCUACUCUAUAAUUUGCUUGGAGUGAGUGCCUUGGUUGGUGCAGCAGUUAUUGUACUGUUAGCUCCAAUACAGUACUUCAUAGCUACAAAGUUGGCUGAGGCUCAGAAGAGCACACUGGACUAUUCUACUGAGAGAUUAAAGAAAACCAAUGAAAUACUAAAAGGCAUAAAGUUAUUAAAGCUCUAUGCCUGGGAGCACAUAUUUUGUACUAGUGUAGAAGAAACAAGAAUGAAGGAACUCACCAGUCUCAAAACAUUUGCUCUUCAUACAUCUCUUUCCAUUUUUAUGAAUGCAGCCAUACCAAUAGCAGCUGUUCUUGCAACAUUUGUGACUUACGCAUAUACCAAUGACAAGCCACUGCAGCCUGCCCAGGCCUUUGCAUCACUGUCAUUGUUCCACAUCCUUGUCACACCAUUGUUUCUGCUCUCCACUGUGGUUCGUUUUGCAGUCAAGGCUAUCGUAAGUGUACAGAAGCUGAAUGAAUUUCUCCUCAGUGAUGAGAUUGGAGAUGACAGCUGGAGAGGUGGGGACAGCUCUGUGGCUUAUGAAUCCUGUAAGAAGCACACGGGACUUCACACCAAGGCCAUCAACAGGAGGCAGCCCUUGAGGUAUCAGCUUGAAAGCUAUGAACAACCAUCAAGGAGGCAAACACGUCCUGUGGAAACAGAUGACAUCGCAAUCAAGGUGACCAAUGGAUACUUUUCAUGGGGAAGCGGUUUAGCUACGUUGUCCAAUAUAAACAUCAGAAUCCCAACAGGUCAGAUGACAAUGAUUGUGGGUCAAGUUGGCUGUGGCAAGUCAUCACUUCUCCUUGCUAUAUUGGGAGAGAUGCAGACACUGGAGGGAAAAGUUCACUGGAGCAAUGUAAAUGAGACUGAACCUUCUUUUGAAGCAUCCAGAAGUAGAAACAGAUAUUCAGUGGCUUACGCAGCUCAGAAGCCAUGGCUGUUGAACGCAACAGUGGAGGAGAACAUUAUAUUUGGGAGCCCAUUUAAUAAACAAAGGUACAAAGCUGUUACGGAUGCAUGCUCUCUGCAGCCUGACAUUGACUUACUACCAUUUGGUGAUCAGACAGAAAUUGGAGAAAGGGGGAUUAAUUUAAGUGGUGGCCAACGACAGAGAAUCUGUGUAGCUCGAGCACUCUAUCAGAACACCAACAUUGUCUUCUUGGAUGACCCAUUCUCUGCUCUGGACAUUCACUUAAGUGAUCAUUUAAUGCAGGAAGGGAUUUUGAAGUUUCUCCAAGAAGACAAGAGGACUCUUGUUCUGGUGACACAUAAGUUACAAUAUCUACCACAUGCUGACUGGAUCAUAGCAAUGAAGGAUGGAAUGGUGCUUAGGGAAGGGACACUAAAGGAUAUACAAAACAAGGAUGUUGAGCUGUAUGAACACUGGAAAACUUUGAUGAAUCGCCAAGAUCAAGAAUUGGAAAAGGAUAUGGAAGCUGACCAGACUACUCUGGAGAGAAAAACUCUUAGAAGAGCCAUGUACCCCAGAGAAUCCAAAUCACAACUGGAAGAUGAAGAUGAAGAGGAAGAAGAGGAAGAAGAUGAAGAUGAUAAUAUGUCAACUGUCUUGAGGCUCAGGACAAAGAUGCCAUGGAGAACCUGCUGGAGAUAUCUAACUUCUGGAGGAUUUUUCUUGCUCUUUCUGAUGAUUUUCUCAAAGUUGUUGAAACACUCAGUUAUAGUAGCCAUAGAUUAUUGGCUUGCUACAUGGACAUCCAUGGACAAUGAAAAUGAACUCAGGAAUGCUGCUGAUGCUAAGAGCACAAAGAAGACUUAUCAUGUAGCUGUCUUCAGCAUCCUCUCUGGAGCAGGAAUCGUCCUGUGCCUCAUCACAUCUCUCACUGUGGAGUGGAUGGGUCUUACAGCAGCCAAGAACCUACAUCAUAAUCUCCUCAAUAAGAUCAUCCUUGGACCAAUCAGGUUCUUUGAUAUGACUCCACUGGGGCUAAUUCUAAAUCGCUUCUCUGCUGAUACCAAUAUCAUUGAUCAGCACAUUCCCCCUACCCUGGAGUCUCUUACCCGGUCCACCUUACUCUGCCUGUCAGCCAUCGGGAUGAUCUCGUACGCCACUCCGUGGUUCCUUGUCGCCCUCGUGCCCCUUGGCAUAGCAUUUUACUUCAUCCAGAAAUACUUCAGAGUUGCUUCCAAGGACCUCCAGGAACUUGACGACAGCACCCAGCUACCUUUACUCUGUCACUUCUCUGAAACAGCUGAAGGCCUUACCACCAUCAGAGCAUUCAGGCACGAAGCCAGGUUUAAACAACGUAUGCUGGAACUAACGGAUACGAACAACAUUGCCUACUUAUUUCUAUCGGCUGCCAACAGAUGGCUGGAGGUCAGGACGGAUUACCUCGGUGCCUGCAUAGUUCUUACUGCAGCUGUAACUUCCAUCACUGAAGGGCCUAACUCGGGGCUUGUGGGACUAGGUCUCCUGUACGCUCUGACGAUAACAAACUAUUUGAACUGGGUGGUGAGAAAUCUGGCUGAUUUGGAGGUGCAGAUGGGUGCAGUAAAAAAAGUACACAGCUUCCUGAACAUGGAGUCGGAGAACUAUGAUGGCUACUUGGACUCUUCUCAAGUCCCAAAAGACUGGCCUCAGGAGGGGGAAAUCAAGAUUGAAAAUUUGUGUGUGAGAUAUGAAAACAACUUGAAGCCUGUUCUCAAACAUGUUAAGGCCUAUAUUAAACCAGGACAAAAGGUUGGGAUCUGUGGUCGUACUGGCAGUGGCAAGUCAUCCCUGUCUUUGGCGUUCUUCAGAAUGGUGGACAUAUUUGAUGGGAGGAUAGUGAUUGACGGAAUAGACAUCAGCAAGUUGCCUCUUCAUACUCUUCGUUCCCGACUCUCCAUUAUCCUCCAGGAUCCAAUACUGUUCAGCGGUUCCAUCCGAUUUAAUUUGGAUCCAGAAUGCAAGUGCACUGAUGAUAGACUCUGGGAAGCUUUGGAGAUUGCUCAGCUGAAGAACAUGGUCAAAUCAUUGCCAGGAGGCCUUGAUGCAAUGGUAACAGAAGGAGGAGAGAACUUCAGUGUAGGGCAAAGACAGCUUUUCUGCCUGGCCCGAGCCUUUGUUCGCAAGAGUAGCAUUCUCAUCAUGGAUGAAGCCACAGCAUCUAUUGACAUGGCCACAGAAAACAUUUUGCAGAAAGUUGUGAUGACUGCCUUUGCAGACCGCACAGUUGUAACAAUAGCGCAUCGGGUUCACACUAUUCUAACUGCAGACCUGGUCAUCGUCAUGAAACGAGGGAACAUUUUAGAAUACGAUACACCUGAGAACCUGCUUUCUCAAGAAGAUGGCAUCUUUGCUUCAUUUGUCCGGGCUGACAUGUGAAGAAUCACACGAUGUAUGUUAAUAGCUUAUUUUUAAACAAAUCAAAUGCAAAUACUUUCUAUUCAAUGUAACAUCACUUUAACCUUUUUUCAGAGCUUUUUUUUUUCUUUACACGUCCAUCUUUCAAAAUAAUAAAACCCAUUACAAUACAUGUAUGCCUCAAAGCAAUAAAAAUAUCAUUUAAUUAAAAAUCCAUUAAAAUUCACAAACACAAACACGCAGGCAGAAAGUUUUUAUUUCCUGGAAAUCUGGCAUUUUUCUUAGACAUUUUAAGUGACCUUAUUUUCUUUUAUAGACAACAAAAGAAUGCACUGUUCUUACAAACUGCAUAUGUUAUUGUGGAAGCAGGAAUCAAAUCGUGCAGUUUGUCAAGGAAGCUAGAGACCCCCAGAAGCAUUCAGUCCCCAGAGAGGAAAAUUAAAAAACAACAAAUCCAAACCCAUAACACUUGUGGCAAUCUGCUGCAUUCCAAAGGGAUAAACUUUGCUCUUCAAGUUGUAGUAGAUGGGCAGUGAAUGAAGAAAAGGAAUGUCAUCAGAAAUAAGGAAAUUCUUCCUGUCCUUCAUGUUAGUUCACACACUGUAGUUAGCACAGCACUAUUUUUUCAGUGCAAUGAUGGCUUAUCCCUACAGCCAGUUCCUAAAUCCAUAUUCAUUCUGCAGACUUUUUUGAAUCAAAGACCCAAAUCAUCCUAUAAUUAUGCAUGCUUUGAUAGGUUUAUAGAGUACAUUUUGUACAGUAUCUUAAGACUUCAUAUUAAAAUUAAUCUGAGUUUAUCUGAACUUGAUAUUAGUCAAUCUUUUAAACAUUUCCACUAAGAUAUUAUAUUUAAAAUGGCAUGUAAUUAGCCAACCACUAAAUGUUUUAUGUCUUUAGCCCUUCACAUUAUUUUUUAUGCUUGAACAACCUGUCUUUUCCUUUUCGCAUUUCUGAAUUACCUCUAAAUCAGAUCUUGUCCAAGAAGACAUGAUUUUCAAACGAUUUCUUCAAGAUUUUAGGUGCACUUAGAUAUAUAUUUACCUCAUACAUGUUUGAAAAGGUUGCCUGCACUUAGCUAAUGCAUAUGGCUAGAUUCUGAACCGUGAUAACUGCACAAUGAGCAAUGAACCCCCUCUAGAAGGGGUUUCAUAGACGUAUUUUCAAAGGCAGAGUUUGAGACAUCAGUUUCACUAGUGGUAUUCCAUGUGAUUCUUAUUCAUCUAUUUUUAUAGACAAUUUUUAUAUUUUAUAUAUAAAUAUAUUUUGGCUGGCUGAGGGAGUUGGGGUUAUUCAGCCUGGAAAUGAGAAGGAUCAAGGGAGACCUUGUAGCGGCCUUCCAGUACCUAAAGGGGGCCUGCAGAAAAGCUGGAGACGGACUCUUUGUCAGGGGGUGUAGUGAGAGGACAAGGAGUAAUGGCUUUAAACUAAAAGAGGGAAGGUUUAGAUUAGAUAUUAGGAAGAAAUUCAUCACUCAGAGGGUGGUGAGGCACUGGAACAGGUUGCCCAGAGAAGCUGUGGAUGCCCCAUCCCUGGAGGUGUUCAAGGCCAGGUUGGAUGGGGUUUUGGGCAACCUGGUCUAGUGGAAAGUAUCUCUGCCCAUGGCAGGGGGGUGGAAUUAGGUGAUCUUUAAAGUCCCUCUCAACUCAACCCAUUCUGUGAUUCUAUGAUUCUGUAAGAUUGAGGAUGAACAAGAAGUGCAGUUAUGCCUAUUUCUAGUGUAAAGAAAAGAACAUGAGACAAUAAUUGCUACCCUUGGCCCCAAAAAGUAGGACGUGAAAUUGGAAUUGUAUUUAGUCUACUAUUGUAAAAAUGAUACAGUGGUUUAUGUUGUUGGGUUUGGGUUGUUUUUUUUGUUGUUGUUGUUGUUUUUGUUUUUUUUGUGUGUUUUUUCUUUUUUUUUGUCAGUAAUGUGGGUCUUGUUUUGGUUUGGUUUGGUUUGUUUUUCCCAUCUUAACUAUUGGAAAUAAAAGCUUUGUGGCACAACUAAACAAAAAAAAUCAGCCUUGAAAAUUUUAAUAAGGGAAGCAUCAUGAUUUCCCUGUCUACUGCUGUGAAACGUUUUUGCUCUUUUCCCAAUUAAUACCCUGCGUUGAACUCUGUCAUAC